AUGAGCGACGCCCGCACCCAAUUCGCCGCCUGCGAGGCGCUCUUGAACGAUGGCGCCGUCGAGGCCUGCGCGGUCGCCGCCGAAACGUUAACAAAGCAGUACCCGAAGCACGCGAGGGCCUGGUGCUUACGCGCCGCGCUCGCGCCGCAAGCCGAUAUAGCUCUGAAGCACGCGGAGCGCGCCAAGGCGCUGAAGCCGGACUUGGAUUGUGUGAGGACGGCGCUGGCACGCGCCUUGGUGCGGCGCGCCGUGGAAGCGGGCAAGGCGCAUUCCGAAGCGCGCAUCUCAUUACUGGAGCGCGCCCUGGCCGAGCAGGACGACCCCAAGACGUGGUACCGCCUCGGCCGCGCCAGGCGCGAGGCCAAGGACUUGGCGGGAGCCGCUGACGCUUUUGAGAAGUGCGGCGACGACGCGCGCGCGAAGUUCUGGGCCGCAUGCUGCCGCGGCGAUCCCAGUGAAGACGCCCCUAUCGAGCAUCUGGAGGCGUUGUACGAUGGCUACGCGGGUCGCUACGACGCGCACCUCUCGGACGCGCUCCGAAGCCAGGCGCCGGCGCUCGUCGCGGAGAGCGUCCGAGGCGCGAAAGCACGGAAGGCCUUGGACUGCGGCUGCGGCACGGGCCUCUCCGGCCGCGCGUUAUUCGAUGCCGAGGCCUGUUUGCAGCUGGAGGGCGUCGACCUCUCCGAGGCCAUGUGCGAGAAAGCGAGAGCUACGGGGCUCUAUGAGGACGUGGCCAAGGGCGAGCUCUGUCCGUGCACCGGCGUCCCUAUCUCUCACAUGAAACAUCCCAAUGAUCGAAACGUUCGUCGGGCGGACUGACACCUAAGCUGCACAAGCUUAGCCGUGAUCGACACCACGACAACGCAAUUGACUUCACCUUCCGCUGAGGGGCCCCGUCUCGCGUCGCGCGCGCAUGCCAUCGCGUCGCCGGCUCGCAUCUCACCCUCGCCGCGCAGGCGCGUUUUUGAGCGGCGCCGCGGGCGCCAAUUAUGACUUGCUGGCGAGCAGCGACGUCGUGCCCUACGUUAGGCGUCUCGAAGAGCUCUUUAUGGUCGCGGCGGCGGCCGCAGCGCCGAAAGCGUCCUUCGCGUUCUCCGUGGAAAAGCCGCUGGGCGACGGCGAUGUCGAGAUCGGCGCGACGGGCCGCUUCCGCCACAGCGUGGCGUACUGCGAGGCGUGCGCCGCGAAGAGCGGUUGGACGCUGUCGGCGCGUCGGGACGCAGUUCUGCGGAAGAACUGCGGCGCCGACGUACACGGCCACGUCCUCGUCUUCCAGCGCUCCUAA